ACUUGACAUUUAUGACAUUUAGGUCGCAAUAUACAUUUUAUUUUAUUGCUUUAUUUGUAUUUUAAAUUAAACUAAAUUAAAACGGCCUUUGCAAUGGACGCCCCGAAAACGUCCGAUAUUAUCCUGAUAUCAGGCAACUCGCAUCCAGAACUGGCUAAUUUGAUAAAUAAAAGAUUGGGAGUAAAAUCGGGCGGGUGUGCGGUGUUCCACAAAUCAAAUAGAGAAACGAUGGUGCAAAUUAACGAUUCGAUUAGAGGAAAGGACGUUUACAUCAUACAAACCGGUGCAAAAGACGUAAACAACAACAUCAUGGAAUUGCUGAUAAUGGCCUACGCCUGUAAAACAUCCUCGGCUAAAUCGAUUGUUGGCGUCAUACCGUACCUUCCUUACAGCAAACAAUGCAAAAUGCGCAAAAGGGGCAGCAUCGUUACGAAACUAUUAGCACAGAUGAUGUGCAAAUCCGGAUUGACCCACAUCAUAACAAUGGAUUUGCACCAGAAGGAAAUUCAGGGAUUUUUCGACUGUCCCGUCGACAAUUUAAGAGCCAGCCCGUUUCUAUUGCAGUACAUCCAAGAAAGUAUUCCAGAUUAUCGUAAUUCGGUGAUAGUGGCCAGAAACCCGGCUGCUACAGCAAAGGCCACGUCCUACGCGGAACGUCUGAGGCUAGGAAUAGCCGUUAUUCACGGGGAACAAAAGGAAUCAGAUACCGAUGAAGUGGACGGAAGGUAUUCACCUCCGACGGUUCCUCGGUCGCGUACUAUGGACGCCGGUGUGGGUGUUCCCGUUCACAUCGCAAAGGAAAAACCCCCCAUCAACGUUGUGGGAGAUGUAGGAGGCAGGAUAGCCAUCAUGGUGGAUGAUUUGAUAGAUGAUGUACAAUCGUUUGUUGCCGCUGCUGAGGUGUUAAAAGAACGCGGUGCUUAUAAAAUCUAUGUUAUGGCUACGCACGGUCUGUUAUCUUCUGAUGCACCUCGGUUGAUUGAAGAUUCACCUAUAGAUGAGGUUGUAGUUACAAAUACCAUUCCACACGAGCUUCAAAAAAUGCAGUGUCACAAGAUAAAAACCGUCGAUAUUUCAAUUUUACUCUCAGAAGCCAUCAGAAGAAUUCACAAUAAGGAGUCGAUGUCUUAUCUCUUUAAGAAUGUUACCUUAGAAGACUAAAAAGUAUUUCUUUAUUAUUAUUUUUAAACUCGAUGUUCCGUUUAUUAUAGUGAUAAAGUUUUUAGAGUAUUAUCGUCCGAGUUAAGAAUUAUUUUAUACCAUGUAGGUCGCAAAAAUUGUUUACGUUGUUGUUUUAUUUUACCGAUGUUUGCGUACGCGGCGUAUUAUAAGGAAAUGAAUCUAUUUUGAUUUUUUGAAUAGUUAAUAUACCACUAUUUCCGAAUAAUACACCCGUUUAUUUUACCGCAUACAUAUCCGCUGUAUUGCGGAUGUUAUUUUUAAGAUGGACCAUUUUGUUGAACAUGAGCUUAACAUUUAUUUACGUUUCAUUUGUUUACCUCUGUUUAUUAAAAAUAUUAAAUAGAUUGCUACAUUGUAAUGUUAAUAUCGUUGGUAUUUGGGCACAAACCGGAAUCCGAAAGGUCCGAAACGAUGCCGGCCUCUUUCACUAACAGCAGAUCGUAUUGCCCGUUCUUCGUCGUUGAUUCGGGCCCUUUUAGCGCGUGCUCUUUUAUGAAUUUCACUACCAAGUCUCCGGCCACUCGGGACAUUUCCAAUCGAUGUCCCCAAGUUACUAACGCUAAAGGCUAAAAAACACGUUUUCGAUUAACAAGUACGAAUGACUUGUAGCAUUAACGAACCCUUUUGCGAUCCAACAAAUUGUACGGGGUGAUGACGUGCUUGUAUAAACAGUUUCUCACGAUGCUCUUAAGCAAAUUGACUUCGUUCUUUUCGGCGCAAGGAUGGUACAGCACCACAACGGCCCCGUGCUCUAAGCUGUGCAGCCACCUUUGCUUCGGGACGAAUUUGUAUUCGCCGUAUACAGGCCACAAAGGCCGGUGUUUGCCG